UUAACACUCUUGUGCUCAUGAAGCAUGUGGUUGUGUGUUUUCUCGCAGAAGGUGGUGGAUGAUGACAGUCGCGGGAGGAAGUCCAGUCCUGCACCCUGCCCAUCUAACAGCAAGGUUUCUGAUAGCGUCCUGGAGAAAAAGUCCCCUUCUAAGGGCAACUUGCAGUCUUCGCUGGUGUUCAGUCGACUGUUUCCUGACAUCAAAGAGGAACCAGGACAGGGGCCCAUCAUCCACCCAAGUUACUACAUGUACACGUACGAUAAGAUGGUGGCUCCUAACGUGUCCCUGCGGAAGGAGGGGGAAGUGAGCCAUGAGGUUCUGGGUGCCCUGCUCAAGCAACACUACAGCAGGAGAACACUGACCCACGACAGCCAGCCCACCACAGAUCUUCCCACGUCUCCUUCCUCCAUUGCAGAGGAGGCCAAAACCCACCACGCGGACGAAGCAAACGAGUGCCGCCAUCCUCCUCCGUCAGUCGCCAUGGAGACCAGCCCUCGCAGCAAGCAGCACGCCCCCGUUCCCACGGAGGGCAAGGACAGCGGAACGGAGGACGACAAGGACAGGAUCAUGCUGGAGAUCGUCCAGAUGUACCGGCGGCAGCAAGAAAAGCUGAAUUCCACCCUUCAGAAACAGCUGCAGCUGAAGAUGGAGCUGGAGUCAGUGCGCGGGGGCGAGGCAGCCAGGCUGAGGGAGUUGUCUGUGGAGCAGCUGGAGCUGCAGAACGAGCUGGAGGCGGUGCACACUGAGCAUGCUCAGAGACUGGGGGAGGUGCGGCAGGAGCAGAGACAGCUGGAACACCGACUGGAGCAGCUCAGACAGCAGAGCUGUGCCUGCCAACCCAAAGAGCAGGAGGCGCAGUACAACGCACAGCUGUGCGAGCUUCGCUGCCGUCUGGAGCGUGCCGAGGCGGAGCGGCAGGAACUGCAAGAGGAGCUCUGCAGAGAGCGGGAGGCCCGAGAGAAGCUGGAGCUCAUGAUCUCGCAGCUUCGGCAGCAGAUGGUCCAGUCUGGCACCAAAGGGAGCCGCAGCACUAGCCCUGCCCAGCCCCCGACCCCUUCCGCAAGCCCCCAAUCCCAGCAUUCCCUCUCUUCACCGGCCCCUGAGGUAACCUCCAGAUAAACUCGCCCCCCUCUCUCGCACACUUCCACGCCUGUAGCCCAGGAUCCUGCUCGCCCACUCCCUGCAGAGUAACUGACAAAUACAAGACAAACUCUGCAGAAAAGAGCAGCUCUCCCAUAACUGCUUCCGUUUGUGUUGCACCACCACAAAAAAAGACUUGAUGUUUGUGUUUAAUUUAAAAAAACGUUGUGUCACCCUGCCCUCAACCAGUCAUUAAGCAUUUUUUGGAUGUACAAGCCUGUUUAAUUUAUAGUCGUGCUGAGAGGCUGAUGGGACAGUGGAGGUAUUUCUUUGUUGGACUUCUUGCUUCCUGUGACGUUGGGAAAGCGCUCGAGUGACACUCAGUAAAAUACUACCUGUGACCCGAAGCCCAAGGAUGCCAAACGGCAAGACGCCAAUGCCCUGCAGCAGCAACAAGAAACCACGCGGAUGUUUACUUUUCAUUUGAAUUUUGUGUAUCAUUGUUCUCUACAGAGAAAAUGGGAGAAGGUUUUUGUUAACGUCACAAAAAAAUAUCAGUAAAAUAUUAAUCCAUAGCAUAUUUAAGUCAUUAUACUUAAUAAAAGCGAUUCGCAAACAUAGAGGGGGUCCCUAACUGAGGCCCCCCGGUUUAAGAUCGUAAUCCUUCCCCUCUUCCUCUCCAUCUCCCCUCCAUUUUCUUUCCCUGCCUGCCGUUUGUCUUUUGAGUCUGGUGUUGAUUAUAUGUUUCCUGUCUGCACUGCUGACCCUUUGCAGGCUGGUAUAUGACAAACAGCUCACUUCAUUCCUGCUGCAUGAUGCAGUAAGCAAAGACUCACAUUCGCCCCCUGCUGGAGAACACUAUGAAACUCAGCCCCAUUUAACUACAGGCAGUUAUGCAAAAAAAAAAAAAGCUUCAGGAUAGUGCAGUCCACCUCAGUCUGAAGUUUAUGUUCAAAGCAUAAAAGGAUUCCUGUAGCUUCGAUAAGAACAUACUGGUUGUGGUUGCUCAGAAAUUUAAACAAAGCACACAGUAGACCUUAUAUUUGUCCUUUUCUUAGCAAAGGAUUCAUUGGCAGUGCAGUUGAUAAUGUAAAGAGCUGAAGUACAUCACAAUCUCCCAAAAACCUAAAGCUGAUUUCUUUAUUCAUCUGAGAACUGCUAAUAAAGCACCUAGUUAUUGAAUGCUGGAUUCCAGGUUAAAUGAUUUGGCUGUCAUGUAUUGGGUGUUUAGCCUGAUUUUUAUUUUUUAUAUACCCCUCUUAUUUAUUCCCCUGUGUCAUUAUUCUGGAUGAGUGAACAAACAGGUCUGAGAGGAAGAAGAAAAACAGACAGGGGGCCAAGGGGGGAAUGUAAAGGAAUGAAUGCUGUCACGUUAGCUCCCAGUCACUGAGAGUUGAAGAGGCACGCUUUGUCUCCGCAGAAUGAGGCAGCUGCCGCUGAUGUCCACUCACACAUCAGUUAGAUGGAUAAAGAAAGAUGGACACAGGAAGUGAAGCGAUUUUACCACUAAAGCAGUUUGUUCUUUCUUUCUUUUUUCUUUCUUCUGUUCAGAUUGGUUGUGUAAAACAAUAUUGGAUGUAAAUCUAGGCUUCUUUCGUGAUGUACAUAUCUCACAUAGAACAUUCCACUGUGCACAACUCAUCGGAUUUACAGUCAGCCAAGCCGCAGCAGUUUUCUAAACCCGAUGAUGUGUAUAGUGCAAAACCUCUUAGAAAACGUAAGGAAACACCCUGACUUAUGUGAAUACAUCCAGCUAUGAAGAAUCAAAAAAAAAAACUAUAUUGUAAAUGAGUGCUUUGACAUUUUUGAACUUUUUUUUUCUUGAGAUAUUCAGAAAUUAUUUAAUGUAUUAACUAAUAAAGAUUUAUAUACACUUUGUACAUACGGUAGUCAUUAAUAUAUUAACUAAAUUCUUAUAAACAAUCUUUCAAGGUUUCUGAUCACAUUUGCGAAAGCUGGGCGUAGCCCAAGCUCUUUUUUUUUUUUUUUUUUUUUUAUUAAAAUAAUUUGCCUGAAGAGUAGUUGUUGAUAAAGUGUGUAAGAUGGUGUAGGGAUGUUUGAUGCUCAGAACCCCUAAACCCCUAAACUUCCAGCGGGGAACGGGAACAGUGACGUAUGCUGUCCAGUGCCUCAGUGUUUCCCUUCAGUGGGUCAUUUCAUCCAUUUCAUUGGAACCCACUGACAUUGACUGACAACCUGUUGUUAUUUUGGUGGUGUUCAGUUUUUCCUCUUCCCCAUUAUAUACACACACACACAUAUAUAUAAAUAUAUUUAAAAAUGAAUAAUUCAGAAUUCUUAGAAAGAAGGGAGUGAAAUAAUGCAUGUAUUGUUCUCUACUAUAUUGUUAUGCUAAAACACGGAUUCAUUAUUGUUAAAAUGCAGAAGUGAUUUUUUUUCUAUUCUCUCUCACACCUAGAACCUUUCCAAAAACGUUACUCCAUAUUGUUUGAAAAGAAUAGUCUUUAUGUAUAUGGCCACAUAAUGUGCUGAAGAGCCUUCUCAAGAGAGAAAUAUAUGAGAGACUGUGUGUGUGUACUGAAAAAAAGCAAUGUGUUUUAUAUAUAUAUAUAUAUAUAUAUAUAUACAGCUCUGAUUUCAUGUGUAGAUCUUUUGAGAGAUUGUAGAAUUUGUUUUGGCACUGUAAUGCAUUACUGCAGUGUCGACUACAAUUUCUGUACAAGCAGUAUUAGGUUUCUUUUGUUUUCACCACAGUUACCUCUGUAGCAGCCAGUUUCAAUGCUGUUUUUGAUAGUUUUGGGUAUUGAAAUGUAUUUCUGAAGCUUUCUAGAGUAUACCUUAUCAUUUGUAACGAUUCUAUGAAACUUUUGUACACAGGGGGGCGCUGUAUCUCUUCUAUGUAGAAUGCUAUGUUAAAUUUGAAUUCUGGGCUUAGGAAUACAGUACUCUUUAGACUCUUGAAACAACAAACCUGUUUUUGGCUUUUGCAGUGUUUCGAAAAUAAAUACAGAUAACGUUGUACAUAUAUUCGAGAUGUGUGAAAUAUGUUGAAUAUCUGAUAUGUUUAGGGCUGGUAUGAUAUAAUUAGCAAAACUGUACUUCAAAGCAAUCUAAUGCUAGAGUUUUUCAGCAAAUCUACCAUGUAUUUUGCAUUAUAGAGGAAAUUUCCCAUUUAAGAGGGGAUAAUGAUUACUGUGGCUCCCUAGAGCUGAUCAAUGGCAAAAGACUAAAGGAACUUGCAAUUAUAAAAUUAUUAUUAUUAUUAUCAUUUUAUUUUUUGAUAAUGGAAAAAAUACAGCAUACAAAUAACUACCUGCCAGCACAGCAUGUAUCCCUAUGAUCUUAAUCAUAUCUUUUCUCAUGUGCAACAAAGACAUCACUAUUAAAAAAAGGAAGAAAAAAAAUCAGAUGACUUUUGCAAACCGCAAAGAUGUUUUAAGUUGCAGUUCUGACAUCUGAAAUGCAGUGUUUGUGCGUAUCAUUGCAUAUGUUGCCAACAGUGUGAUGAGAGGUUUUUUGCUCUUGCAUGAAAACGAGACGUUGUUCUCCUACCUCAUGUUGUGAUAAGAUGUUUUCUAAAGCAGCUGACACAUCUAAAACUGUUUAUCAUGAUUGACAUUUACAAGUUAAAUUCAUGUACAUGCUUUUAGCUAAUACCUCAGUUGUAGCUAGUGUUUAUUGUUUAUUUCCCCUAUUUCAGACAUUGUAAAUAUCUUGUAUAGACAAUGAGCUUGGAUUAAAUUCAAGUAAAGUUCUGUAGUGUCAAA